AUGAAGAGAUUUUGGAGAUCUAACCUGAGUGACAACGGAGACGGAGACCGUAAUCUACCUUCUUCGGACCAUGAAGGCACCCAGGGGCCUCAACCGGAAAUACGUCCAAGCAGAAGCAUCAACUCGAACGAGUCACAGGAUUCGCUAAAAGACCUUCGACCCAUGUUUGGGCGACAAGGCGGUGGCAGGUCCAGUUCUAGCGCAAACCAGGGGGUCUACGAUGCAAGCUUGAACUUGAACCCGACUAUACUGGAUGCUGGAAUAAGCUCAGGCGGGCCAAGCGACCAGAGCUCAAACGCAAAAAGUCUUUCGAUAUUUUCCAGCAAACAAUCAUCUUACUCAAGUAAACAGUCAUCACGCCAAAGUUCCAGCGGCAGUGGCUUUCGGAAACUCCACAAUAGCUUUGGGUUUGGCCAGGCUUUACACACACUAAAUGUAGUUGAAGAAAACGAAAAUGACCCACAGGGCCAAGGCCACGCGCCAGAAGAUCAUAGCACGUUGGAAAAAUUGAACCAAAUCAGCGAAGACUUGGUUUACAUUAUGCUACAGUAUGACAACUCGUCUAUAAAUCUCACUACUGCCGUCAUUAAUCUGAUUGACUGCUUUAAAAACUUCACCAACAAACUGCGAAAUGGCGACCAGGGACACCAGGGAAAUGUCAGUACUCGCAACAACAAGAGCUUGAGAAAAAUUGUCAAGAUAUAUCUCACAUUUUAUGACAACUUGUUGAAAGAAGAAGUUCACAUCAAAUUGAAAUUGCUAUUGGUGAAGCAUUUCAAUGAUUUUGCCGCCAAACUAAAAAACGAUGCUCAACUGCUGCUGCUGCUGCUGAAUGAUGUGCUUGUCAAACCUCGCAAUUUUGCCGUUGGUGAACGAGAUAAUGGCAAGUUCCCCAAUGAAGAAGCAAUGUCCAAAAUAAUCGACAAAAUGUCUCAGCAAACUACUAUCUCCGUUAAGGAACAAAAUGGAUCAUUUGUAGCACCCAUCAUGAGGGGUGUUUCCGAUAGCCUAAAGAUUCUUUGCUUAUACUUUGGGUACCCUGACCCUCAACCAAUGCAUCAAAAAUUGGCGGGCGCUAUUCAGGAAUUGUACGACGACAUCCACAUCAUCAUCGCCAAGAACCGCAUCGAGCUCGCCUCGGCUUCGGUGCAUCCACUGCCGCAGCCACUGGCCAAUAUCCUGUCACUACCUCAGCUGGUGUCAAGCUCCAAUAUACCUACACCACCACCACCACAAAAAUUCAAGCUUCCAUUCCGAAUACCAACCGAUCCAAUGGAGCCACCCAUGUCAAUGUCCAUUUCCACUGAAAGUUCACUCAAGACUUCGGGAACCGUAGGCGGCUACAUCUACCCCAAGAUCAAUCUCAAAAAACAGCCGCACUUGAAAAGCUACACCACUUCCAAAUUUGCCAUUUCGUGUGGCCAUGUUUGCCUCGACUCGCAAAAUCCAAACUCCUAUGCCAACAUCGCGGCUCCCUCGGCUGCUCUAAUUGCACUAUACAAGCAAGCAUUGAGGUCGCAAUACGAUCGAGCCGGCGGCGCGAUGAGCGACUCGAGGGUGGCGUACAAGGCAGUCUUGAACCAGCUAGAAAAGAUGUUUCCGCAAAAGGACAUCAAGGUGUUUGAUAAAGAAAGAGGCGAGCACCGCGAGUUUCGCAACUUGCCCCAGUUGAGAUUUGGCCAGAUCAUAUGGGGCGAAAGGUCCUUGAUUGCGUUGAGCACCCAGACGAAUGCAAUCAGCGGCGUAACCGAAAAGAAACUAUCCGACUUGGCAAUCAUCAAAGUUAAUAAGCAACUCAGGUGCUCUGCCAACUAUUUGGGCGACGACGUGGCGUUCAACGAGUACGACCCGGCGUUGAUUAUGGACAAUAUGUACGUGCGCAAAGUGUUGAAUUUGAAAAGGUUUACUCCCAAACCGGUGCUGGAAGACACAAAGGAUGUCGAUUCGCAAGUCUCGUCGUUUGAGCAACAGCAAAGUUACCAUGGCAUUGAAGUGUUCAAGUAUGGAUCGACUACAAAGUACACGCGCGGCAAUUUGAACGGCAUCAAGUUGGUCUACUGGUUAGAUGGAGCUAUGCACUCGCUGGAGUUUAUCGUCAACUCACAGGAACACAACGUGGCAUUCGCUAGUGGUGGCGAUAGUGGAAGCUGGGUGUUGACGAAAUUGCAGGAUUUGAACCCCGAGGCUCAUGGAUUGGGUGUUUUGGGAAUGUUGCAUUCUUAUGAUGGCGAAUUCAAACAGUUUGGGUUAUUUACGCCCAUGUGUGAGAUCUUGACUCGUUUGGAAGAAGUUACCAGUAUCAAGUGGGGGGUUGUCGGGUGCAGCGACGAAAAGGAACAUUUAACCGAUUCGGACUCAAGCUCAGACUUGGACUCAAAUGGAGACAUUGACGAUAUAGAAUAG